ACACACAACCAGUUGUGUGUGAGCUUGUGGGGGAAAAUGCGUAAGCUGGUCAACGCGAUCGAAGAAACGGAUUGGCUGGCCUAUACGUGCAUGUAAAGGCAUCCACGAGGACCACGAAGGCAUCGCUACUAGCUUCAUCCAAAAUAUAGAAGCGGCAGCGCUUUGUCAGGCAGCUGCCAUGGGAGCCGUGUCGACGCUUCUUCAGGCAGAAAUGAGAGCUGUAUUAUCGGCGCUUCUUCGGGUCCUCCGGCGCCACGAUUUCCUCCGCCUCGUCCUCGUGCUUCUCGUCUUCGGCUCUUCCGGCGUCACGGCGCAAGGCGGUGCUCGGCGGCAGCGGCAGGUGGUGGACGUCGGGGUGAUCUUGGACAUGAAGACAUGGCUGGGGAAUACCAGCUGGGCCUGCAUGGAGAUGGCUCUGGAGGAUUUCUACGCCAACGCUACCCAAGCCCGCUACCGCACCAGGCUCAAGCUCCACCUCAGGGACACCGGACCCGACGCCGUCGACGCCGCGUCCGCAGGUGUUGAUCUACUGAAAAAUGUCCACGUGCAAGCGAUUGUUGGACCGCAGACGUCAACACAGGCAAAAUUUCUCGCAGAGCUUGGGAACAAGUCAUCGGUUCCAAUCAUCUCAUUCUCUGCAGAUUGCCCGUCGCGAUCCGGACAAACUCCAUACUUCAUCCGGACAGCAUGGAACGACUCCUCUCAAGCAGAAGCUAUUGCCUCACUUGUUAAAAAGUACAAUUGGAGGGAAGUUGUGCCUGUCUUUGAGGACGAUGAUUCCAAUACCAGAUUUAUUCCAGACCUUGUUGAUGCCCUCAGACAAGUUGAUGCUCGUGUCUCAUACAGGUGCAAGAUCCAUCCUUCAGCUAAAGAGGAUGAUAUCAGGAGAGCUAUCUCAGGCUUAAAAUACAAUUGGACAAGUGUAUUUGUUGUGCGUAUGUCGCAUCUGUUAGCCUUCAAGUUUUUCCAGCUCGCUAAGGAUGAAGGGAUGAUGGGCCAGGACUUUGUCUGGAUUACUGCGUAUGGCCUGACAGAUAUCUUUGAUGUGGUUGGUUCUCCCGCACUUGAUGUGAUGCAAGGGGUUCUUGGGGUGAAACCUCAUGUUCAAGAUACCGUGGAACUUCAAAACUUUACAAGGAGAUGGCGCAAAAAACACCGAUUGGAAAAUCCCGGCACCUCAUUAAGUGAGCCCACAGUGUCUGGUCUCUAUGCUUAUGAUACCAUAUGGGCAUUAGCAUUAGCAGCAGAGGAGACCAGGUACAACGAUUCAAACUUUGUAUCUGUAACAAACAAUGGGUCCACUGAUUUUGAGAGAAUAGGUACUUCAAAGGCUGCUGAAAAAUUGCGAGGCACACUCUUAAAGACCAAUUUCCAGGGCAUGAGUGGGAAAUUUCAAAUUCAGGACAUGCAGUUACUAUCAUCAAAAUAUGAGAUUAUCAAUAUUGUUGGUCAGGAGAAAAGAGUAGCCGGUUUCUGGACUCCAGAAUUUAGCAUCUCCGGUAAUUCAAGUUCCAUGGCUGAGCUGGGCACCAUCAUAUGGCCAGGAGGUAAUAAAACUCCACCUAGAGGUUGGAUGUUGCCAAUGAAUAAAACUCUCAAAAUAGGCGUACCUGUGAAACCUGGGUUUGCCGAAUUUGUAAAAUUUGAAAAUGGUAUUGCCAAGGGAUUCUGCAUCGAUGUAUUUGAGGCAGUAGUUCGUGAAUUACCCUACAAUGUAUCCUGUAACUAUUCUGAGUUUGGAGAUGGGAAAGUCAGUAAAGGAACUUAUGACGAUCUUGUGUACCGUGUUUAUCUUAAGGAAUAUGAUGCAGUGGUAGGUGAUAUAACAAUCUUGGCCAACCGUUCUAAAUAUGUGGACUUCACCCUUCCUUAUACAGAGUCAGGGGUGCGCAUGCUAGUUCCAGUCCGGGACCAGAGACAGAAGACUGCAUGGACAUUCUUAAAGCCUUUGACAACUGACCUAUGGUUAGGAACUGGGGCCUUCUUUAUCUUCACAGGUUUUGUAGUCUGGUUUAUUGAGCAUAGAACAAAUAAAGAUUUCAGAGGGCCCCCAGCCAGUCAAAUUGGAUCUGUCUUCUACUUCUCCUUCUCAACACUCGUAUUUGCUCAUAAGGAGAGGAUCGUGAACAACUUAUCAAGAAUUGUUCUAGUUGUUUGGCUAUUUGUAGUGCUGAUAGUGCAGCAGAGUUAUACUGCAAGUCUAAGCUCAAUUCUCACAGUGGAACAACUUCAGCCAACAGUCACCAAUUUAGAGGAAGUUAUCAGGAAAGGAAGCUAUGUCGGGUACCUCAAUGAUUCUUUCUUGCCUGGGCUUUUAAAAAGAUUGAAAAUUGAUGAAUCAAAGAUGAUUGCCUUCGACUCCCCAGCUGAGUACAAUGAAGCCUUAUCAACUGGAAAAGUUGCCGUCAUUGUUGACGAGAUACCAUACCUUAAGGUCUUCCUUUCACGGUAUUGCCAAAACUACACUAUGAUUGGACCGACCUACAAGUUUGAUGGAUUUGGUUAUGCAUUCCCUCGAGGCUCUCCACUCACACCUGAUAUUUCAAGGGGAAUACUGAAAUUCGCAUCAGAUAGCAAAAUGGUUGAGCUGCAGAAAACAUUGUAUGGAGAUAUGUCAUGCCCUGACAAGGAUGACUCCCAAAUUUCAAGCAGCCUUACAUUGCACAGCUUUCAGGGGCUGUUCAUAAUCACCGGAGCAUCUUCAAUGCUUGCACUAAUCCUUCAUGCUGUCAUAACCGUUUAUAAUAAUCAACAUGAUCUGAGCAGUGACAACAGUCUGACUUCAUGGCGCAGAUGGCUUGCCAUUAUCUCUAAGCUCUUCCAUGAGGGCGAUAGUCCUAAUACUCCAGAUAAAGAUGAGCUCGCAAUGGCAAAUGUUGAUAGUAUAAUUGAGAGCCCACUAAGCAUACCUAAUCACGUUAUCGAACGCCUUGAUUCAGGCACAGAUACAGGAAGCCUACCAGAAGUUGAAGGAACAGCAGACAGGGACCUCUCGGUUCAGGACGCGGAACCAACGCCAUCUGCGUACGUGCAUUCUGAGAGGGGACAUAAUGGAGUAGCUUCUCUGUCUCGCAGUGGGAGCUCAAUCCGCAGGAGACAGAGAAUCAUGGAAUGAACUACAUGGUGAGAGCAUGACUGUAAUUAUUUAUUCAUUUAGCUCUCAGUAGGAGUAUAUGUUUAUGAUUUAUCUCUUUGGAAUGCAUGGCUUGAUGUAAGACAUUGCCACAUUGGCAAUGAAUGGAAGUUGUGAAGAGCAAGCGAUUCUGAUGCUUGUGGUUCUGAAAAGACAAAAUCAUGUAAAUUACUAUCCUGCGUGUUGUUUUUGCAUUCCCAUAAUUCCAUCAAAUUAUUAAAUGC